CGAAAUUACGAAAAUACCGUGUGGAAUGCGCAUUUGUGUCUGUUUGCGCGUACCGGAGUGACACGUGAGUGUGUGAGUGCAUGGGUUUGGGUACUUUUGGUUUUUCAAAUAAAGCACGAUGGUGAUCCAGCAGGAGGUACUUUCUAAAGCGGAGGAUAUUGCAGAUCAGGUGAUUCGCAAUGGGAAGUACAUAUUGCCAACGAUGGCACGGCUCUGUCUGAUAGCAACAUUCUUAGAAGAUGGAUUACGAAUGUGGUUUCAAUGGCAUGAACAAAAGCAGUAUAUGGACAUGUCCUGGGGUUGUGGAAUGUUCCUAGCCACAUUAUUCGUCCUCAUCAAUUUACUUGGUCAACUGGGAGGUUGUGUAAUGGUAAUUGGAAGAUUUAAAGUGAGCAUCGCCUGUGGUGUUCUCUUAUUCAUCGUCGUCCUUCAAACAUUCGCCUACAGCAUCCUCUGGGAUAUGCACUUCCUAUUCAGAAAUCUGGCUCUCAUUGGAGCUCUGGCUUUAGUCUUGGCAGAAGCUAGAAGUGACAGCCGAUCUCUCUUCGCGGGUGUUCCAAGUCUAGGUGAAAACAGACCCAAGAAUAUUCUGCAACUCGCUGGAAGGAUUCUCUUGGCUUUUAUGUUCAUAACUUUAAUUCGCUUCGAGGUCAGUUUCCUACAAAUCCUACUGGACAUUGUUGGAAGCAUCUUGAUGUUGUUAGUCUGUAUUGGCUACAAAACGAAGCUCAGUGCUUUACUUCUCGUUCUUCUUCUGUCGUCCCUCAACUUCUACCACAACGCUUGGUGGACAAUUCCUGACUACAAACCUCUCAGAGACUUCCUUAAGUACGACUUCUUCCAGACUCUGUCAGUGGUUGGGGGUUUGCUGAUGAUCGUUUCAUUAGGGCCAGGAGGUGUUUCCAUGGACGAACAUAAGAAGAAGUACUAGACAGUGAGAGCUGUCAUUCCAUCUUUCAUCGAAUCAUCUUCAACUUAAAUAAAUGAAGUCUCCAUUGUUUGAUUCAUACAUUCAACGCAGCAUAAGAAAUGUUUGCUGUGACAGAACUUAACAAAAAAGGUCUGGACAAAAUGUCGCGUAUGAGUAAAUAAGUUUAGAUUAUUUGAAUGACGAGAGAGGCGGUGAUACGCUGAUACGUAGUAUCUUUAAGGACUGCGUGAAAUUGAAUUACAUAUAUCAAGAAACAAGACUUUGUGAGAAACGACAAAAAUGCCUUAGAGAACAGCGUUUUAAGACAUUGUAUACAAAGUUACAAAGCGACAUACGAAGACUAAUUUAUACUACGAAUAAUCGCAUUGUACAUACAUAUGGCAGUACAUUUAUUGCAAAAUAUAUAUUUUUCGGUGUUUUUAAUUCCUUGUACGUUGUAGCCUGUUAUUUUUUUUGUAGGAUUUAAGUUCCAUGAUUUUUAAACGUCGUUUUCUACUAUAGAUUUGGAGCAAUUGUAUUCUUCCAUAUGCAGUAACUCAAGUUUUGUCACUGGUUACGUUUAGAUAUAUAAAAAAUCAAUUACUUGGAUCAAUCAAUAUUGCUGACGUGACUGUAAAUAAAUGUUCGAUUCCAAA